AUGCAGGAGACACCAUUCUGCCUCAGAGUUGGAAAUCUUCUCCCCUACUCCAUGUCAGAUUCCAACACAACCGACUUCACCAACCCCUCCACCUUCAUCCUGCUGGGCAUUCCUGGCCUGGAGGCAGCCCAUGUCUGGAUCUCCAUCCCCUUCUGCACCAUGUACAUCAUAGCCAUCUUGGGGAACUUCACCAUCCUGUUCACUGUGAAGAUGGAGGGGAGCCUCCAUGAGCCCAUGUACUAUUUCCUCUGCAUGCUGGCCGUCACGGACCUGGUCGUGCAUACAUCCACCCUUCCCAAAAUGCUGAGCAUCUUCUGGUUCAAUUCCAGGGAGAUCGAUUUCAGUGCCUGCCUCACCCAGAUGUACUUCAUUCACUGCUUCUCAGUGGUGGAGUCUGGGAUCUUCCUGGCCAUGGCUUUUGAUCGCUAUGUAGCCAUCUGCCAUCCCCUGAGACAUUCCACCAUCCUGACAAACCCCGUUGUGGCCAAGAUCAGCCUGGCCGUGGUGCUGCGUGGAAGCAUAGUCAUCCUGCCCUUUCCCUUCCUAGCGAGGCAGUGGCCAUAUUGCAGAACCAACAUUAUCCCCCAGCCGUACUGCGCGCACAUAUCCGUGGUGAACCUUGCCUGCACUGAUACCCGUGUUAGUAGUUACUACGGCCUCUUUGUGCUAGUAUGUGUGAUGGAUCUGGAUGUGAUUUUUAUUGCUGUGUCCUAUACCCAGAUCCUCAGGGCCAUCUUCAGCCUCCCCACAAAGGAUGCCCGGCUCAAGACUUUGGGGACUUGCGGCUCCCACCUUUUAGUCAUUUUAGCCUUUUACAUCCCAGGUCUCUUCAUCUCCCUCAUGUACCGAUUUGCCCAAAAUGUGCCCCUGCAUUUGCAUGUUCUCAUUGCCAACGUUUAUCUCUUGAUGCCCUCCAUGCUUAACCCCAUCAUCUACGGGGUGAGGACCAAACAGAUCCGGGGAAGGCUUCUCUGGAUCUUUACUCAUAAAGAAACUUAA